AUGUCGCUCGAAGAGAGACUGACCAAGAUCCGGGACAGCCCGAAGCUGCAAGGCCAGCAGCAGACGCAUGUCCUGCUCUCGGCCAUUGAGGACACGCUCCGCCAGCAGAAGUCAGACUUCACCCCGACGGCCUACUUUGCAGCGCUGCUGUCGCUGCUUGGCCGCCAGAUAACUGCGCAAGGAAUCGCGAACAAAGACACGGCUACUGCGACCAUCUACCUCCUCGACCUCGUCACGCCCAACGUCCCCGCCCCGCUGCUACGAAGCAAGUUCACCGAUAUCCUCACCAACCUCGCGCCCGCCCUCACAGCACAAGACGCCGAUGCGCCACUCAUCCGAUCAUCGAUAGGAUGUUUAGAGUCGUUGCUGGUGGUGCAGGAUGCGCGCGCGUGGGAGCUGCCGCAGACGACCAUCAGCCCCCGGAGAGCUGUCGCGGGUCUGUUGCAAAUCUCCGUCGACCCCAGGCCGAAAGUGAGGAAGAGGGCGCAGGAAGCACUGAAGAAGGUGCUGGCGAAUCCGCCACCGAGCCCUGCUCUAGACCACCCAGCGGCCGACAUGUGCGCUGAGACGGCUCAGAAGAUGCUCAAGGAUAUCGCAGCAGAGGCGGCAGCCAAGGCGCGAAAGCACAAGGGAAAGAAGGAUAUAGAAAACAAGGAUCCCGAUCUGAUACAUGCACUGCAACUCAUCAAGACGAUUGCGACCUCGUCUGGUGGCUGGCCGAGCAGCAAGAUCGAUGUGCUGUGCGAGCUGUUGUUGAACAUCUCCAAGUCGACCAACGAAUUCCUGACCAUGGCUGCUUUUGACAUUUUCGAAGUCAUAUUCGCCGGCAUGGCCGAUGAACUGGCUUCUGCUAAGCUUCCCAGACUCCUCGAGGUCAUCUCCGAACUGCAACCCUCCAAGAACGAUUCACAGCUUCUCCCUCCAUGGAUAGCUGUUAUCUCGCGCGGAUACGAAGUCUCGGCGCAAAUCGAGCCUGAGGACACUUUCAUGAAGCUACCCGACUUGUUCAUCAUGAUUGCCGAAUUCCUCACGUCCUCCUCGCACAACAUCCGCAUAUCCGCCUCCGAGUGCCUCAUCUCCUUCCUCGUAAACCUUGUACCCGACAGCGUCAUCCUCGAGCCCUCCAUAUACGAUGAAAAGACACUUGAGAAGGUCGCAAAGAUCGCGCAGGAUCUGUUGAGCGUCAAAUACCAAGCUGCAUGGAUGGAGGUAUUCAGCGUCUUGUCCGCCAUGUUCGAGACUCUCAGGUGGCGCUCAAACCCUAUUUUGAAGCCUGUGUUGAAGGUGGUUGGAGACCUGAGGGGCAACGAUAGCUUUGCUGGUAAGAAAGAGGCGGAUUCGGUCAUUUCAAGGGCUAUCAGUGCAAUGGGACCCGAUGUCGUACUGGACAUUCUUCCAUUGAACCUGCCGCGACCACCUCCAGGACAGACCGGAAGAGUCUGGAUGCUGCCGCUUCUCCGCGAUUCAGUCCACAACACAAAGUUGGCGCAUUUCAGGACCGAGAUGGUGCCACUGAGUGAAGAGCUGUACCAGAAGGUCAUUGACCACGGCGAGAAAGAGAAGACAAUGGAGAUCAAAGUGUUUGAGACCGUGGUGCAGCAAAUUUGGUCGAUUCUUCCCGGAUACUGCGACCUGCCCUUGGACCUGGUCGAGGCCUUUGACCAGAGCUUCUGCGAAAUGCUAGCAAACCUCCUCUAUGGCCAGGCUGACCUGCGAACGGACGUCUGUCGUGCUCUUCAGAACUUGGUUGAUAGCAACAAGGCAAUCGUGGAGCUGGAGUCUGACGAUGACCUACUUGCACAAGCUCGGAUAUCAAAGGCCGACGCACAGAAGAACCUCGAUCAUCUGGCGGGUUUUGCGAGCAACAUGCUUGCAGUCCUGUUCAACGUUUACAGCCAGACUCUGCCACAGUACCGCGGCACUAUCCUGAGGACCAUCAAUGCUUACCUGAGUAUCAUUCCCGAGCGCGAGCUUAUGGAGACCUUCGAACGAGUUGCAUCUAACCUUGAGGCCUCACUACCUGAGCCUGGCUCGCAGACGCAAGCAGCCAAGCAGAAGCAAGAGACGGGCCCGAACAAGAUGCCGCCGAUGAGCCAUACCCUGAUGGAUCUCAUCAUCACGAUUGCCCUCUACCUGCCACGCGACAGUUACCGCUCGCUCUUCCGCAUGGCCGAGAUCAUGAUCAACAGAGAAAACGAGCCGCAACUACAGAAGAAGGCUUACAAGCUCAUUCCUCGUCUCGCUGAGUCGGAGAUGGGUAAAGCAGCCUUGAAAGAGCGCAACGGAGAACUGCAACAGCUGUUGAUAGGAAGCGCCGAGAAAGCUUCUGCUCCAGCGCGGCGCGACAGGCUGAAUGCAUUGUUCCAAGUCAUCGAAUCUCUACCUGCAAGCGAUCUGCACUUCAUCCCAGCGAUUCUUUCUGAGGUAGUGAUCUCUGCCAAGGAGACGAACGAAAAGGCGCGAGAGGCAGCCUACAACCUGCUUGUCGCCAUGGGUGAAAAGAUGGCAGAGGGAGGUCAGGUCGUGCAAGCCAAGGUACCAAACAUGCCUGCCGAUGCGCCAACCGUCGAAGCCUCGCUUGAGGAAUACUUCACCAUGGUCUCUGCUGGUCUGGCUGCUACCACACCGCACAUGAUCUCUGCAUCCAUCACUGCCGUCACUCGUAUCCUCUACCAGUUCCACGCCCAAAUAUCCAAAGACACCAUAACGAAUCUUUGCGACCUCAUGGACAUCUUCCUCCAGAACCCCAACCGUGAGAUCGUACGCAGUGUGCUCGGUUUCGUCAAGGUUGAGGUCAUCUCUUUACCAGAAUCGCUUGUACGACCACGUCUCAACACUUUGCUCAAGAACUUGAUGGUCUGGAGUCACGAACAUAAGGCACACUUCAAGGCCAAGGUCAAGCACAUUGUCGAACGCAUGGUCAGGAAGUUUGGUGUGGAAGAAGUCGAGAGGGCCACACCUGCCGAAGAUCGCAAGCUCAUCACCAACAUCCGUAAGACACGCGAGCAGCGUAAGAAGAAGAAGCAACAGGCUACAGAGGACGGUGAGGAGCCAACCGAGAAACGAAAGGGCAAGUUUGAGAGCGAGUACGACCAAGCUGUAUACGGCAGUGAAAGUGAGGAGAGCGACGGCGAUUCAGAAGACGAAUUUGUCAAGAGCCAAAGCAAGCAACAGCGGGGCGGUGCUAAGGGCAGCAACACAUACAUCAUCGAAGACGAAGAUGAACCGCUUGAUCUACUCUCCAAACGCGCUCUUGGAAACAUCUCUUCGACCAAACCCCUACGCCAACGCAAACAGCCGCAGAAGAUGAAGGCCCGCACAAACGAAGACGGCAAGCUUGUCAUUGGCGAGUCUGAUGACGAAGUCGAGAUCAAGGGCAAGAAGUCCAAGAAGCACGAAGCCGCCGAAGACGACGUCCUCAUGGAUAUCGACGACCAAAACACAUCCCUAGAGGCAGGUAUCAACGCGUACGUUGAUGCUAUUCGCGGUCGCGACACAGCCCAGGCUGGCCAGAAGGGCAGACUUAAGUUUAGCAAUAAGCGCACACACGAAGAUGACGAGAUGGACAUGGACGAUGACGGUGCAGAGGCGGAUUGGCAAGAAGUGCGAAAGGCGAAAUCCGGUUCCGGAAUGGGUAGGGGUGGUGUGAAGAGCGGAGGCGCUGGGCAAAAGAGUCAGAGGAGAGGAUUAGGUCAGGAAAGAACAAGGGGUGGCAACGCAAGUGGUGGAGAGGGUAGAGGAGGUAAGGGCAGAGUUGAGAAGACAAGGAGCACACGCGGUAGGGGCGGAGCUCGUGGUGGUGGCUUCAGAGGAAGAGGAAACGGCCCCAGUGGUAAGUGGAGUGGACCCAAGUAG